UAUAUGAAUUAUAUCUUAAUCUUAAAAUGAAAAAGAAAAGAUGACUAGGAGGGUUAGAAAAAUAUGCUAACUCCUCAGCAACACCUGGCCCAGGGCUCCUUACUUCCUCUUGUCUGCUUUUGUACAGUAGAAAUUGGAGAACUUCACUCAGUAAGCAACGAUGGCGCCCAGAGCAAAGAUCCUGCUUGCCUUUCUGUCUUCUUGAGAAAUAAAUGGGAUUCAGGAAAGCCACAGCCAUCCUCUUGUGAGUCCUACAGGAUUGAGGAUGGUCUUCCAGCACCAAUAGCAGUUGUAAUAUUUGAAAAUAAGCAUUUAGAUUAUAGAAGACUGCCUUUUUUAAAAGGACAGGUUCUGAGCUUUGAGUAUCUUCCAGCCAAGUGUUGGGGCUGGAGCUAGGUUGGGAGCCAGCGUAGGACACUGAUCUAGAACAAACAGCUGACUUCUGAACUCCGGGCUUGUCUCUCUUGCACUCUGGGGUACCAGUCCCCAAGGCAGUGACAGGAUGUGGAAGCCUCCGGAAGGAUGUGGGUGCUUGUGAGCCCUGAGCUGCUACUGCACGUCAGCCAGGGAGGGCCGUCCCAGUUGGCUGUUUAGAGGAACUGUGCUGUGCUGUGUUCUGUUUUCAGAAGAAAACAAGAAUAUGUACUGGGGUGGGGGAAUUUGUCAUCUUACCUUCUAUGCCUCUAGCAGUUUUUAAAGGCCACUUGAAUCUUCCUUGUGGAAAGACCAGGGGAACUGAGGGGCGUGGCAUUGAUUCUGAGAAGGCCAUCCCCGACGUUGUUCCCAGCAGACCCUGGAAGGCUUCUGACAAGAGGAGAGAGAACAGCCUCGGACUUGAUCUCCAAGAAGAGCUUCAGGGCUUGGUGAGAUUUCCAGGGCCUCUUGGGAACUAGCCUUGCAGGAUCUCUCAGAGGAAACAUUCUGAGAGUCAGUAGGCACUGCCAAGAUGUCCAACCCCUUCCUAAAACAAGUCUUCAAUAAGGACAAGACUUUCCGCCCCAAGCGCAAGUUUGAGCCGGGUACCCAGCGCUUCGAGCUACACAAGAAGGCCCAGGCAUCACUGAACUCAGGGCUGGACCUGAGGCUUGCCGUGCAACUGCCCCCAGGUGAGGACCUCAAUGACUGGGUGGCCGUGCACGUAGUGGACUUCUUCAACCGUGUCAACCUCAUCUACGGCACCAUCAGUGAUGGCUGCACGGAGGAGUCCUGCCCCAUCAUGUCAGGGGGCCCCAGGUAUGAGUACCGCUGGCAAGACGAGCACAGAUUUCGGAAGCCCACAGCGCUGUCUGCCCCCAAGUACAUGGACCUACUCAUGGACUGGAUUGAGGUGCAGAUCAACAAUGAGGACCUCUUCCCCACUAAUGUUGGCACACCAUUCCCCAAGAACUUCCUGCAGGCUGUGAGGAAAAUCCUGUCUCGGCUCUUCCGCGUGUUCGUGCACGUUUACAUCCACCACUUCGACCGCAUCGCGCAGAUGGGCUCUGAGGCCCAUGUGAACACCUGCUAUAAGCACUUCUAUUACUUUGUCAAGGAGUUCGGCCUCAUCGAUACCAAGGAGCUGGAGCCGCUGAAAGAAAUGACUGCUCGGAUGUGCCACUAAGAUCCCUGAGGGUCUCUCAGUACCCAUACCUCCACCCAGGCUACAGAGACUUGGAGCAGGAUGCCUGGAAAGCCUCAGUGUCUCUCUCUGACUGAAGCAUCUCAAGAGUUUGGUAUCCCUCGAGUCCUGCACUCUAACCUCUGCUGAGGUGUCAGGGCAUCUCCAGGAGACUCCAGCUCUCGACAGUGGGUUCCUUCCCCUCUGAUUUCCAUCCUGGCCACAGAAGGCCCACACCCUCAUUGCCCACCUCUCUGAGCCUCAGUCUCUGUCUAUGAAGGGAGGAUCUGCAUGUUGUCAGUAAUUGAAGAAAACCCUGUUUUGAAAACAUUUCCACUUCCCAGGAUGCUGGAGAGAAGCCUGAACUGCCCCCCAGCCUUGGUGGCUGCCAGCCUCCUGGGAAAUUCUAUCCCCAUUUUGACCCCCAACUCCAACCUCACCUGGACCUUGCUGGGGGCCAACUCAGUAUAGCCAGGUGCUUCCCAUGGCCUUGGUCCUGCUUAGGCCAUCUCCCAGGUACAGCCAGCAGCUUGGCCUAAACCUGCCCCACCAAAAAGGGGAGAGGAUGGGUGCUCCCAGGCCAGCCAGGGGCAAGAAUCCACCUCCCCUGACCUCUGAGCCCUGGAUCCUUGCAGCACCCACCAGAGCCACUGCUGUGCUCACACAGAGGUACGACAUGGGCCUGCUCACCCCCUUUUCUUCCUGACCCACUUCUGGGUAUUCCAUUCCUCCAAAGUGUGCUACUCAAUCUGGAGUUUCCUGGACUCCUAGGACCUCAAGGGUCCUGCAUCCAAAGUUUGAGUUAGUUCCUAAAGGUCUUUUGUGUGUCAUAAAAUAUCCAGCUUGUAUACAAUUUCAUUGGUGAUCAUUUUGAGAUUUUGAGACAGGGUCUGGCUAUAUUGCCCAGGCUGGUCUCAAACUCCUGGCCUUAAGCAGUCCUCCCACAUGGCCUCCUAAAGUGCUGGAUUAUAGGUAUGAACCACAGUGCCCAGCAAGAUAUCUUAGAUAUCUUUUUAAAAGAGAUUUUUUUUAGCCCAUAGUUAGCACCUCCCUCUGUGGACCAAUAUCCCUUUUCCUGUGAGUGUUGCAGGCAUGGAUCUUUCCUCAUGGGCUCCUCUCCCUGCUGUGGCAUCUCUGCUUCUGCUAAAAUAGGCCUUUCUGUAGAUGCUGCCAACUUCUAUGGCAACCCUUGGUCUAUGUGGCCUAGGGGCUUUGGGACCAAAACCCAUGAAUACUGUCUGCUCUGGACCUGGGAGCUUAGACCAGGGCCUGUGACCAAAGGAGACCAUAUCCUGCACUCCAUGAGCCUCUACUGCCCCUACCUGUCAACAGAAAUGUCAGUAGCCUUUAACCAUGGCAGCCCUUCCCUCACGGCCCCCACACUGACCCAGAACACACAGAGCUCUGGUUAUUUCUGGGUGUUUGGGAUGACCACAAAAGAGAGGGGCAUUGUCCACCUUUUCCUGCCAGUUUCUGCUGCAAAAUUGAGCAAGUGCAAUUAACCCACUGUCACUGCCUAAGUCCAAAGCUCCAGGAACUCACCCUGGUCCUUGCAGAGACCACCUGGGUCUGAGGUCCAGCUCUUGGAGCACCCAGGAAAAGGACACUGCAGCCCAGUCUUUGCAGGACUUCCAGAAAUAAGAACUGUUUGAAUGUAUCUCCUUAUCCCUGCAAAACAACACCCAAACUGCAGUACCACUGUCUCCACAGGAAUGCAGAUGUCCCCAGUGGCCUGGCUAGGCAGCUUCCCAUGAACGUCGGGGUGGUGGCAGGGAGGGUUUCUGUCCUGUCUGCCCUCCCGAGCCAGAUGUGAACUUCGGAAUAAAUUGUGGGAUUUUGGAUUCCA